CGCUGGUUACCGCACUUUUUUCGCUUUCAUUUUUUUUCUCUCCCAUUGAGGUUCUUUCUUACUCAGAUCCAGGUGACACGAUGUUUUAAUUAGGGUUGCGAAAGCAUUGAAAAUGUGGAUGGUACAACAAUCAUGCAUGCAGUUUCCCAAAUAAUUUGCCAGUGCUGUUGAUUUCGAAGGUUUAGAAAUCAGGAGUUAUAAAUGGAAGAAAUACAGUCUCAGUCAGACAAUUAUAAGUCUUCUUCCUCUUCAGCUAGUAGUCCAGCAAGUAGGGUGCCCUCGAGUAAUUUUUUCUAUCUGCGUAAGCCUGGUUCUCUCCAACAACCUAUCUCAUUUGAGGAUUCACCUGAGUGGGAAGAUACAGAUAUCGAUGUCAGGGUGGAGGAAGGUGGUGACUCUAUCAAUGCCGCAAAUAUGCCAGUCUCACCAUCUCUCUCGAAACUCAAUAGCGGGUCCUUGCCAUCACCACCACAGCCAGAAGGUGGAGCUGUUGUUAGAAAAACUGCCGGUGCGUCAGUUGCGUGGAAAGAAUUGGCUGUUACUAUCAAGGGAAAAAGGAAAUAUUCUGAUAAGGUUGUCAAGAGUUCCAAUGGUUAUGCAUUACCUGGCACGAUGACAGUAAUCAUGGGUCCUGCAAAAUCUGGGAAGUCUACGUUACUGAGGGCUAUAGCAGGAAGAUUACAUCCUUCGGCUAAAAUGUAUGGUGAAGUCUUCAUUAAUGGGGCGAAAACAAGCUUGCUUUAUGGUUCAUAUGGAUUUGUGGACAGGGAAACUACUCUGAUUGGUUCACUCACAGUCCGGGAGUAUCUAUACUACUCAGCUUUGCUCCAACUUCCUGGUUUUUUCUGUCAGAAAAAGAGUGUGGUAGAGGAAGCCAUCCAAGCCAUGUACUUGGGCGAUUAUGCAAACAAACUGAUUGGCGGCCACUGCUAUAUGAAAGGCAUUGCUAGGGGUGAAAGAAGGCGUGUUAGUAUUGCCCGGGAACUUGUGAUGAGACCUCGUAUCUUAUUCAUUGAUGAGCCUCUUUAUCAUCUUGACAGUGUCUCUGCCCUUUUGAUGAUGGUAACUAAGAAACUUGCAAGCACAGGAUGCACUCAUUUCACCAUUUACCAGAGCAGUACAGAAGUUUUUGGCCUUGAUCGUAUUUGUCUGCUCUCAAAUGGGAACACCCUGUUUUUUGGGGAGACAUUAGCUUGCUUGCAGCACUUCUCAAAUGCUGGAUUCCCUUGCCCAAUUAUGCAAAGUCCCUCCGAUCACUUUCUACGUGCCAUAAAUACAGAUUUUGACAGGAUCAUUGCAAUGUGCAAAAAUUGGCAGGAUGACAAUGGGGACUUCUCAUCUGUGAACAUGGAUACUGCUGUUGCAAUUCGCACUCUUGAGGCAACAUAUAAAUCAUCAGCUGAUGCAGCUGCUGUUGAGACUAUGAUAGUGAGACUCACAGAGAGGGAAGGUCCUCUUCUCAAAAGCAAGGGAAAGACUAGCAAUGCCACACGAAUUGCAGUUUUAACUUGGAGAUCAUUAUUAAUUAUGUCAAGGGAGUGGAAAUACUACUGGCUUCGGCUUAUUCUUUAUAUGCUCCUUACACUGUGUAUUGGAACAGUAUUUUCGGGCUUGGGGCAUUCUCUGUCUUCAGUUGUGAAAAGAGUCGCUGCAAUUUUCGUAUUUGUAUCGUUUACUUCACUUUUAAGCAUUGCUGGAGUACCUUCACUACUGAAAGAAAUCAAGAUAUAUGCCAGCGAGGAGUCAAACCAGCAUUCCGGAGCUUUAGUCUUUUUGUUCGGGCAACUUCUCUCCAGCAUUCCGUUCCUGUUCCUCAUCGCCAUAUCAUCGAGUCUCGUGUUCUAUUUCUUAAUAGGGUUGCGUGACGAAUUCAGCUUGCUGAUGUACUUUGUGCUGAAUUUCUUCAUGUGCCUCUUUGUCAAUGAAGGAUUGCUGCUGGCUGUUACUUCUUUGUGGCAAAAUAUUUUCUGGAAUGUCUUAACACUCGUAACCAUACAUGUGGUAAUGAUGCUAGCCGCCGGCUAUUUGAGAAUCCGAAACGAGUUGCCAAAACCCGUCUGGAAGUAUCCAUUAUCAUAUAUUGCUUUCCACACUUAUUCCAUCCAGGGGAUUCUGGAGAACGAGUACCUCGGGAUGAAUUUUGCCGUCGGGCAGGUACGGGCGAUAUCGGGGUUUCAGGCAAUCCAUAGUGCUUAUGACAUCUCUCAAAGAAGCAACUCCAAGUGGGAGAACUUACUGGUGUUGCUCCUAAUGGCUUUUGGAUAUAGAAUUCUUGUGUUUGUUUCGCUACAUCUUCGUGUUAGGAAAAAUGUAUCCCUAAAUAGAACUUUCCAGUGUCGCAAAUCAACAACCUGAGGUGGCACAAUAAAUCUUUAAUCUUUGUUAGCUUUUCGGAUCGUGUAAUCCUUUUCUAUGUUAUAUACCAUUCAUAUAUUAUUGGACUG